UGACAAUGCAUUUGCUUGGACUUCUCGUGCCGAUCGCUUGCGCUGUUUUGUGCGUUGGUGAAAAAUCCCUUUACCAUGGUCUCGCCCAAACGGAGACUAAUCGACGAUUCCAUUGCUCCCUCAGCUGCCGAUCUCCAGCGGACAUACGACGGACAUGAUGGGCCUCACGUUUUCGGAACACCCGGCAAUCAAGUCUACAUUCGGGGGCAGAACGAUGGCGUAUACAAGGUGCCAGGAGUAGGUGGUCAGUUCCAUCACGCAUCGUCGCCAGCAGAUCACGUCUAUACGGAUGAGCAGGGGAUCACGUAUGUGCACAAAAAAGACGCUGGAGGACCAGGAACACAUACGCUUAGAGGACCAGGUCUAGCUGCUGUACAGCCCGCCUACUCCACUGUGCAGCCUGCGGGACUUCGCAAUCCCCAGUUUCAUGUGGAGCGAAGUGGUCGCACUGUGGAUGUUGGUUCUGGAGGAUUUGUCGUCCAAAGGAGCAGACGUAGUCCUCAGUUCCAUGUGGAGCGUCCUGGUCGCACUGUGGAUGUGGGUUCCGGAGGAUUUUUUGUCCAAAGGGGCAGGCGUAGUCCCCAGUUUCCUGUGGAGCGACCUUGGCAAAGGGCUUUGAAGGACUGAUUGUUGAAAGGGACAGCCGCAGCAUCAAAGAUGGCCGCGUCCAGGGAGAAAACUUCGUGGCUCGUGACGAUCAAGCAGGAAUUUGGGAUGAUAGUGUGUCGGUGUGGAAGCGUCCGGAUGGACGAACUGUCUCGGUGGGCAAUGACGGAAGUGUUAUUGUUUCUGGACAUGGGCACACGCUGCAAUACUAAUAAAUAAUGGGAAGCAGCCUUUUAAUUUACAGAGAUUAGGUAGCUAAAAUUCCAAUGAUAUUAAAUGAACAAGAUUCAC